AUGUAUAGCCUAGAAUUUUCUCUAUCUUCAUUUCUUUUCUCCUUUCCUUUCUUUUCUCCUUUCUCCUUUCUUUCCUUUUCUCCAUUCUUCUUUCAUUUUUUUUCUCGUUUUUUCUUUGGUUUAAUCACUUUCUUCUUUUCUUUUCUACUUUCUUCUUUUUCAUUUCUACUUUCUCCUUUUCUUUCAUUUCUCCUUUCUUCUUUCCUUUCCUUUCUUCUUUCUUUUUCCUUUCGUUACACCUUUCUUCUUUCCUUUCCUUUCUUCUUUCUUCUUCGUUUCGUUUCUCAUUUCUUCUUUCCUUUCGUUUCUCAUUUCGUCUUCCUUUCUUUCUCCUUUCUUCUUUCCUUUCCUUUCUUUUUUCUUCUCCAUUUCGUUUCUCAUUUCUUCUUUCCUUUCCUUUCUCCUUUCUUCUUCUUUCAUUUCUCAUUUUGUCUUUCCUUUCUUUUCUCCUUUCUUCUUUUCUUUAGUUUCUCCUUUCUUCUUUCCUUUCUUUUCGUCUUUCUUUUUCCUUUCGUUUCUUUUUCUUCAUUCAUUUCCUUUCUCCAUUAUUCUUCCUUUCGUUUCUCCUUUCUUCUUUCCUUUCCUUUCUCCAUUCCUCUUCCCUUUCGUUUCUCCUUUCUUCUUUCGUUUCGUUUCUCAUUUCGUCUUUCCUUUCGUUUCUCCUUUCUUCCUUCGUUUCGUUUCUCCUUUCUUCUUUCCAUUCGUUUCUCAUUUCUUCUUUACUUUCUUUUCUCCUUUUGUCGUUCCUUUCGUUUCUUAUUUCUUCUUUCAUUUCGUUUCUCCUUCUUUCUUUACUUUUUGUCUCCUUUUUUCUUUUCUUUUCUCCUUUCUUCUUUCCUUCCGUUUCUCCAUUUUUCUUUCCUUUCCUUCCCUCUUUUUUCUUUCCUUUCGUUUCUCCUUUCUUCUUCAUUUCCUAUCUCCUUUCUUCUUCCUUUCGUUUCUCCUUUCUUCUUCCUUUCCUUUCUAAUUUCUCCUUCCUUUCGUUUCUCCAUCCUUUCGUUUCUCCUUUCUUCUUCCUUUCCUUUCCUUUCUCUUUCCUUUCCUUCUUCCUUUUUUCUUUUCUUCUUCCUUUUCCUUUCUUCUUCCUUUCCUUUCUCCUUUCUUCUUCCUUUCGUUUCUCCUUUCUUCUUUCCUUUCGUUUCUCCUUUUCUUUCGUUUUCCUUUUUCUUCCUUUCCUUUCUAAUUUUUCCUUUCGUUUUUCCUUCCUUUCGUUUCUCCUUUCUUUUCCUUUUUUCUUCUUUCUCCUUCCUUUCUUUCUCCUUUCUUCUUCCUUUCGUUUCUCCUUUCUUCUUUCCUUUCGUUUCUUCUUUCUUCUUCCUUUCCUUUCUCCUUUCUUCUUCCUUUCGUUUCUCCUUUCUUCUUUCCUUCUUUUUUUUUUCUUCCUUUCUUUCUUCUUUCUUCUUCCUCUCUUUCUCUUUCUUUUUCUUUUCCUUUCUCCUUUCUUCUUCAUUUUUUUUCUUUUUCCUUUUUUUUUCUUCCUCCUUUCUCCUUUCUUCUUCCUUUCCUUUCUCCAUUCUUCUUCAUUUCCUAUCUCCUUUCUUCUUCCUUUCGUUUCUCCUUUCUUCUUUCCUUUCGUUUCUCCUUUCUUCUUCUUUCUUCUUCCUUCCCUCUCCAUUCUUCUUCAUUUCCUUUCUCCUUUCUUCUUCCUUUCUUUUCUCCUUUCUUUUUUCCUUUCUUCUUUCCUUUCGUUUCUCCUUUCUUCUUCCUUUCCUUUCUCCUUUCUUCUUUCCUUUCGUUUCUCCUUUCUUCUUCCUUUCCUUUCUCCUUUCUUCUUCCUUUCGUUUCUCCUUUCUUCUUUCCUUUCGUUUCUCCUUUCUUCUUCCUUUCUUUUUCUUCUUCCUUUCUUUCUUUCUUUCUUUUCCUUUCUCCUUUCUUCUUCCUUUCUUUCCCUCCUUUUUUCUUUCCUUUCUUUUCUCAUUUCUUCUUUCUUCCUUUUUCCUUUUUUCUUUCCUUUCUUUUCUCCUUUCUUCUUUCCUUUCGUUUCUCCUUUCUUCUUUCCUUUCGUGUCUCCUUUCUUCUUCCUUUAAUUUCUCCAUUCUUCUUCCUUUCGUUUCUGUUUUCUUCUUUCUUUUCAUUUCUCCUUUCUUCUCCCUUUCCUUUCUCCUUUCUUCUUUCUUUCGUUUUUCCUUUCUUCUUUCCUUUCGUUUCUUCUUUCUUCUUCCUUUCCUUUCUCCUUUCUUCUUUCUUUCGUUUCUCCUUUCUUCCUUCCUUUCGUUUCUUCUUUCUUCUUCCUUCCUUUCCUCCUUUUUUCUUUCCUUUCGUUUCUCCUUUCUUCUUCCUUUCCUUUCUCCUUUCUUCUUUCUUUCGUUUCUCCUUUCUUUUUUCCUUUCGUUUCUUCUUUCUUCUUCAUUUCCUAUCUCCUUUCUUCUUCCUUUCCUUUCUCCUUUCUUAUUUCCUUUCGUUUCUCCUUUCUUCUUUCUUUCCUUUCUCCUUUCUUCUUCCUUUCGUUUCUCCUUUCUUAUUUCCUUUCGUUUCUCCUUUCUUCUUCCUUUCCUUUCUCCUUUCUUCUUUCCUUUCUUUCCUCCUUUCUUCUUUCCUUUCUUUUCUCCUUUCUUCUUUCCUUUCUUUUCUCCUUUCUUCUUUCCUUUCUUUUCUCCUUUCUUCUUUUCUUUCGUUUCUCUUUUCUUUGUUCCUUCCUUUUUAUCUCCUUUCUUCUUUUCUUUUCUCCUUUCUUCUUUCCUUUCUCUUUCCUUUCUCUUCUUCUUUGCUUUCUCUUCUUUUUCCUUCUUUCAUUUCUUUUCUCUUUUUCUUCCUUUUUUCUCCUUUCUUCCUCCUUUCAUUUUCUCUUUCUUCUUUUAUUUCUCCUUUAUCCAUUUAUUUCUUUUUUAUGGAUGCUUUCUUUUUCUCAGGACUUCUUCUUCUUCUUCUUCUUCUUCUUCUUCUUCUUCUUCUUCUUCUUCUUCUUUCUUCAAAGGCAACUGCAACUUUUUGUUAUUUAUUUUGUUACUGUUGAAACUUGACUAA